AUGUUUAAUAAUCGACAAUCUCGCCGGAGAUUCCGGCUCGGUAACUUAGCUAGGCUUGUUCAGUUACGGCAGAGCGUAAGCAACCAACCACCAUCACCGCAGCAACCGCCAUUGCCACCAAAGGAUCUUAAAGAAGUUUUGUUACAAUCGCCACCACAGUCACAAGCAUUUCAGCCGCCUCCAUAUCAAUUGCCAUCGCCAAUGCCGUCACCAUCAACACUCCCACCAUCUAUUUCAAAACCUGGUGAAAAUCACCAGUCUUCGCCACGGCUGGAACCAAAGUCAUCACCACGGUCACCAGCAUUUCAGACACAACCGCAGUCACAAGCAUUUCAGCGGCCUCCAUAUCAAUUGCCAUCGCCAAUGCCGUCACCAUCAACACUCCCACCAUCUAUUUCAAAAUCUGGUGAAAAUCACCAGUCUUCGCCACGGCUGGAACCAAAGUCAUCACCACGGUCACCAGCAUUUCAGACACAACCGCAGUCACCUUCACUUCUGCCCCCUCCAAAUCAGUUUUCAUCUCCCAUGCCAUCACCAUCAACACUUCCGCCGCGGCCUGAACCGAAAGCAUCACCACCGUCACUUUUAUCACCAAAAUCAAAGGACGAAUCUCAACAGCAGACAACAACAUCAUCAACGUCUCCUUCGCCGCAAAAACCGAGCCUAUCUCAGCGGUUACCUCUACGAUCGGUGCCUCCUCAACCUCCGGAACCAAAGUCACCAGCAUUUCAGCCACAACCGCAGUCACCUUCAUUACUGCCCCCUUCACCAUCAGCAUUUCCACCGUCUCUUACAGAAUCUAGUGAAAAACACCGAACUCCGCCACGUGUAGUACCAGAACCAAAAGCAUCACCACCGCCACUUUUACCACCAAACCCAAAGGAAGUGCUUCACCCGCAGACAACGUCACCACUAACACCAGAAGCAAAAAAACUACAGUCCCUUCCGUCAACGCUAAACGCUACUUUAGAAUAUCAAUCCCCAUCAACUGAUGAAACUCGGUUCCAAUCACCGCCCCUGUCGCAAGUAUCACCACCCUCAUUAUCAGAAUCCCAUGAAUCUAAGCUGUCAAAAUCUACUGAGGACACUCAGUUCCGAUCACUAUCUCCGUCGCUAGCCUCACCACAAUCAUUGUUAAAAUCCGAUGAAUCUCAGAGGGCUUUACCACCACCAGAAACCAAAACUCCGCUGUCUCCACCCUCAGCGCUUAAAGCUCAUAAAGAAUUUCAGCCGCAGCCGUCACCACCGCUUCCACUGUCUAAAUCCAUUGUUGAAACUCAUUUCAAGUCGUUGCUUUCUUCGCAAGCAUCCCCACCAUUAUCAUCAUCGUCUAGGUCUGGUGAACAUCAACCACCUUUGGCAACAGAAGCUAAAAUCCCUCCAUUGCCACCGUUUUUAGAAACCGGCGAAAAUCAGCCGCUUUUAGCACCAUCAGAUAUUAAAGCUCCAAAGUCAACGCUAAAGGCCGCAGAAGAAUCACUGCCCGAACCGCCUACACUGCUUUUGCCGUCUAAAGUAACUCUGUCCCAAUCAUCGCCUCCAUUGCCACAAUUAUCAGAAUCUGGUGAACUUCAACCACCUUUGCCACCGGCAGAAUAUAAAAUUCCACCACCGCCACCGCCAUUGUUAGAAUCCGGUGAAUCUCAGCUGCCUUUACCAGCACUACCAGAAACCAAAAUUCAACCGUCAAAGCUAAACGCUGCUGAAGAAUUCCAGUCUCCACCAGUUUCAUCAAAGCUAAACGCUGCUGAUGAAACUCAUCAGUUGCAAGAAUCUCCAGCAGAAACCAAAACUCCACCGUUAACGCUAUACGCUACUGAAGAAUCCCUGCCUCCACCGGUUAAAGCCACAGAUGAAACUCUGUCCCAAUCAUCAGAAACUGGUGAACCUCAACAUCCCUUGCCACCACCAAAAGCUAAAAUUCCACUGCCGCCACCAUCAACGCAAAACGCUGCUGUAAAACCCCAGUUUCAACCGCUUCCUGCCUCUACAUUCAAUGAUGAGACUCCGUUCAAAUCAUCGCCUCAACCACCACUAGAAUCUAAAAUUACACCGUCGAAGCUAAACACUAAUGAAGAAUCCACGCGUCAACCGUCUAAAUCCAUUGAUGAAACUCGGUCCCAAUCAUCACCUCCUUGGCAAUCAUCUAUACAGCCACGAGAAGCCAAAACUCCACCGUCAAAGCUAAACGCUAGUAAAGAAGAAUCCCAUGUCCAACCGCUUCCUCCCUCGCUGCCACUACCUGAAUCUAAUAUGCCACCACCACCACCAUCGCCCCAAACUAAACCUAACCCAAUCGAAUCUCACACUUCAAAAGAUCAUCGCAAGGAUCGAAACCAAUAUCUAGAUAAACCAGACGCCGAACUCAGGGCUGAGAUCACCGGGGAAGUUAAGAAAACACCGACGAUGAUGAUGUUCAUCAACAGCAAUGUUCAAGGGAUCAACACAUCACUCUCGCUCGAUUCUUCUUCCAUCGAUCAUGAGCCUGGCGUCCACUUGACCAUCGAUCAUGAUGAUUUUUCUUCAACGCUGUUUUAAUUAAACUUUUUUUUUUUUUGGAUAUUCUAUUCUUCUGUAUUGGAUUGGAUUGCGAACAAAUACUUUUUAUAACAAAUACUUGACCUCAAAUACUUUUUAAAAUUUUAUAUAUUACAUUUUAAUCUUUAA